AAGUGGUGUCUGCUAGAUUUCCCCACUGUAAAGAUACUAUUUGUCCUUUUCCAUGUUCUACUCAUUAGGAGUGGGUGGCUAAGUCCAGCCCACACUGCAGGAGAGGGGGAGUGCCAGCUGUUUUUAUUCCUAUAAUUUCAAUUUGUUUAACACUCAUGGCUUUAUUAUCACUCCACUACUUUUCACAGAUAUGGUUGUAAUGAGCUAGACUUGCCCAAAGUUACUCAGCUAGUAAAUGGCCAACCUAGAUUUUGAACUUAUAUCUGUCUGGCCUCAAAGGCCACAUUCUUUCUACUUCAAGUUACUGCCAACAAGUAAAGAAGAUCUCAUGGUCUCCGAGGUGGAAGCUCCCUCUCAGCUUGUCUGUACAGUGUUUUUUACAUCCAUCCUUGGAGUGUGACCAAUCAGUGGGUCAUGAAAAGAUAAAUGUUGAAGUCUUGGAACCCUGGGAAUGAACCUGGAAAAAUUCAAAAUGUGGUCUAGCCUUAGGCAAGUUUCCUUUUCUGGCUCAGCUGCCAAGACCGCACAUCUGGACCCUCAGGAUCCCCACAACAGUUCUGUGCAGGCAGGGUGAAGCACAGGCUUGACACAAGCAAUCAGCAGUCAAAACCCAUACUCCCACCUGUGAAUGGCUGUUCAACCUUGAACAUGUUACUUUUUAUGUGAAUGAAACUCAGUUUUCUAGUCCUAUAAAUUUGGGGCUAUCAUCAACCAUUAAGUUAUAUUAAACCCAGUGUCACACAGGCAAGUACCUAGCAGUUUCCAAAGGCCAAAAAAAAAAAAAAAAAGAAAGACACUUUUUCAUCUUUUCUCUUCCCUCCAAUUGAAAGACUCGUGGAAUAUGUACAACUACUUUUACAAAAAGCCAGAAGCCAGACAGUUUGAGUGGAGCUGUUACAGCUUUCUGCUCUAAACCCAAGAAAUGGGGACCCCUCCCAUGAGAGUGGAGAGGCUUCUGGAUGUGUUACAAAUUCCAUCUCAUUUUCAUGGACUCAGUGUUAAUUAAUAAAAUCUCAAGGUUCUCCUCCUCCCUUGCAUUUCUUCAGAGAAACGAAGAGCUCAGGCUCAUAGCCCAAGCGCUCAGCUUUUAAAUUAGACAACUUUGUCCUGACAGGAACCGAGUCACAGCUGUCAUACCUGAUUACUUUUAGAGUUACUACUACACCCUUUGUAUGGCAUGAGCUGCCAGUGUUCAAGGUAAACAGAAAGGCUUCACAUUUUAUCAUGACAGCCCUGGAGCCAUCCACCUCCCCGUGUUCAUUAUUCUCAGCCUGUAUUUGGAAGGGAUGAUGAGGCAUCCUGACAAUCGUAUAGUGAGGAAGGCAGACCCCAGGGCCUGUCACUACAGCCUAGGGAUUUUAAACCCCCAAAGUGCAGCAAAACCUGCUGCUUCCAGGAAGCCAAGGAGAAUGAUUUCCAGGGGAAAUAGGUGGCUCAAAGCCUUCUAAGAAUGAACCAUCAUCUUUCAUGAGAGGCAAACAUUGACCCUCAAGUAACCAACCAAUAAGAGCACCUGUACACAAAUGCUCACAGGUGUUGGCUGGGAUUGGUCAGCUUGUGGAUGAUGUCACAGUUUCCCUCCUCUGACUCAACAAUGCCACCACCACUGAAAAGGCUGAGACCCAACUGCAGCUCUUGCAGACAGAAAAAUUCACCGCAGGUAGAGCACCUUCUAGAUUGCUCCUGGAGUGUGGGGACAGCUGUCUCUCCUGUCCAAGUUAUUGAAUCCAGAAAAAAGAUGAACUUAUGAACAUGGGAAAAGAAAUCCAGCUAAAGCCCAAGGCAAAUGUCUCUUCUUACAUCCACUUUUUGCUGAAUUACAGAAAUAAAUUCAAGGAGCAGCAGCCAAAUACCUACGUUGGCUUUAAAGAGUUCUCUAGAAAGUGUUCGGAAAAAUGGAGAUCCAUCUCAAAGCAUGAAAAGGCCAAAUAUGAAGCCCUGGCCAAACUCGACAAAGCCCGAUACCAGGAAGAAAUGAUGAAUUAUGUCGGCAAGAGGAAGAAACGGAGAAAGCGGGAUCCCCAGGCACCCAGACGGCCCCCAUCGUCCUUUCUACUCUUCUGCCAAGACCAUUAUGCCCAGCUGAAGAGGGAGAACCCGAACUGGUCAGUGGUACAGGUGGCCAAGGCCACAGGGAAGAUGUGGUCGGCGACUACAGACCUGGAGAAGCAGCCUUACGAGCAGAGAGCGGCUCUCCUGAGAGCUAAGUACUUCGAGGAACUUGAACUCUACCGUAAACAACGAAAACAAUCUAAACAACGCACUACCAGGAAGUACCAGCUGUCAGCUAGAAACCGGUGCAGAGGGAAAAGAGUCAGGCAGCGCUGAUGGAUCCAGUUCGUAAAAAUAAAAUGCCACUGAAC